GGGUGGGAAUGGAUGGCAUCACAGCUCGGCUCGAGUAAACCAGUGACGGCGGCUCCUUUUCUUUUUCUGCUCCAUCUCCGUCUCUGCUGGAAGCCAACAACAACAACAACUCACCACGGUACUGCCACGACAGACAAUAAUGACAGCAAAUAUGACAAAGUGGACGCCAUAGUCGUGGGUGCUCACCCGCUUCUCUUUUGUGAAGUUAUCAUGGAGAAGUCCUUGGCGGAGUUCAACAAGGCCGACUCCCAGUCAACGUCGUCGCUCCCGCCCGAGCCGGUGGACGUCGUCAGUAGCAAGUCAUGCUUCCGGAGGGUCCGCCUCAAUGUGGGCGGCCUCCCGCACGAAGUCUUGUGGCGAACGCUGGACAGGCUCCCGCGGACUCGUCUGGGCAAGCUGCAAGACUGUAGCAGCCACGAGUCUCUGAUGGAGGUGUGCGACGACUACAACCUGGAUGAGAACGAGUAUUUUUUCGAUCGCCACCCGGGCGCAUUCACGUCCAUCCUCAACUUCUACCGCACGGGAAAGUUACACAUGAUGGAGGAGAUGUGCGCUCUGUCCUUCAGCCAGGAACUGGACUACUGGGGCAUCGACGAGAUCUACCUAGAGUCUUGCUGCCAAGCCAGGUACCACCAGAAGAAGGAGCAGAUGAACGAGGAGCUGAAACGGGAGGCGGAUAAUUUAAAGGACAGGGAAGGGGAAGAAUUUGACAACACUUGCUGUGCGGAGAAACGAAAGAAACUGUGGGACCUGCUGGAGAAGCCCAGCUCGUCGGUUGCUGCAAAGAUCCUGGCUAUCAUCUCCAUUCUCUUCAUCGUGCUGUCCACCAUCGCGUUGUCUCUCAACACACUACCAGAGCUGCAGGGCACAGAUGAGUUUGGCCAGUCCACCGACAACCCGCAGCUGGCCCACGUGGAAGCGGUGUGCAUUGCUUGGUUCACCAUGGAAUACCUGCUCCGCUUCCUCUCCUCUCCCAACAAGUGGAAGUUCUUCAAGGGUCCUCUGAAUGUCAUUGACCUACUGGCAAUCCUGCCGUACUACGUCACCAUCUUCCUGACGGAAUCCAACAAGAGCGUCUUGCAAUUUCAGAAUGUGCGGCGCGUGGUUCAGAUUUUCCGGAUCAUGCGAAUCCUGCGCAUUCUCAAGCUUGCCCGCCACUCCACGGGACUUCAGUCUCUCGGCUUCACCCUUCGGAGAAGCUACAAUGAGCUGGGCCUACUAAUUCUUUUCCUUGCCAUGGGUAUCAUGAUCUUCUCCAGUCUGGUGUUCUUUGCCGAAAAGGAUGAGGAGGACACAAAGUUUAAAAGCAUUCCGGCUUCUUUCUGGUGGGCGACUAUCACGAUGACCACUGUAGGCUAUGGCGACAUCUACCCUAAAACUCUGCUAGGAAAGAUAGUUGGGGGUUUAUGCUGCAUAGCAGGAGUACUGGUAAUAGCUCUCCCGAUUCCCAUUAUUGUAAACAACUUCUCAGAAUUCUACAAGGAGCAAAAAAGACAAGAAAAGGCACUUAAACGGAGAGAGGCCUUGGAGAGGGCAAAGAGAAACGGUAGCAUUGUGUCCAUGAACUUGAAGGAGGCCUUUGCCCGUAGUGCAGAAUUAAUGGAUGUGGUCGUGGAAAAGAAUGACAGGCCACAUGACAACCACCUCUCACCGAGCCGUUGGAAAUGGUCUCCCAAGAGAGACGUUUCGGAGACGAGCUCCAACCGUUCUUUCAUCGUCCAGGAUUUAGGAUCUGAAAACAAGGGCAGAAACAGCAGCCCUCAAAAGUUAAACGUUCAGAAGCUGGAGGAGAUAUACAACCAAAUGGCCAAGACCCAAUCACAACCAAACCUCAACGCUAAAGGUUCCAGGGUUGGAAAGCGAAAGGAUGAGAUCGAGCUGGGAACCAUACAGGAUCAUGGUCCACCAAUGUUGGGAACCACGGACGGUGUCGGCGACAUGAAAAGUUUGUCCAGCAUUGACAGCUACAUCAGUUGUGCUACGGACUUCCAGGAGAAUUCACGUUUCCCUCAGAGUACAGCAACGGACCUUUGCCACAACGAAAGCAACCGCUCCUCACAUAAUCAGGCGACAGCUGUUCCCCAGCACUCUGUGGCCAAAACAGGCCAGCAAGGCACCCGUGCGCCAGUGUUGACUCCCAUCACCGUUCCCAAACCCUCAUGCUCAGAAAAUGCAAGGAGAUUCUUAUUCUCUGGAAAUGCCUCAAAAAGCCUUUUCUCCAAAGGAGGAUGUCGCAAUGAGAAAGAGCCCGGACCGUCGCCGCUCUCCGCCAGCUCAAUCCUUUCCGACCACUCUCUGCUGAGUCCCGAGGUUUCCGUUUACACCACCGCCAGCAGCAGGACGCCGCCAAAGUCCCCAGAAAGCACCACCCUGGCCCCGACCGUUUUCACCUUCCAUGACUCUUCCAUCAGUAAAUAUAUCGAUGCCGACACCGAUGACGACGAACACCUGCGUGACAUCUCCGACGCCAGCCCCACAGAUUGCCUGUUGAGCGGCUCCAGCCCCAAACGCAGCAUCAACAUCAAUUACCAGAGAGCCUCCAAUCAUUUGGAAGCAGCUCAGAAAAUGCUGGGACAAAACUGUCUCUUCCCCCGGGAAGGAAUUUGCGGGGUUCCUCACGAGAAUCACUUUGGUCCGGAGAUAGGACGUAGACAAAAGGGGGAAAGGGUCCGUCAAAACACUUUGGACAAAAGCCACUGAGGUCUGAGUGCGUAAGUAUAAACCAUAAAUCGGAACAAGAGUGAUUGUGACAGAGACACCAAACACUCAACCGGCCAGACACAGAAAAGAGAGUCGCUAAGUUUAACCGUUUUACAAAUGACCUGAGCAUGCCAUUGGGCCAUGGGCUCAGGGAGAACUCGAGGGCCGAAUACUCUGGGAGAAAAAUUCACUGCCCCUCUUUCGAUUCAUUCCAAUCAGGAGUUAGUAUUCCGCAGCCUCCAAGCAAAGAAGCACCCCAAUGUAGCCGGCAGGUCUGUUCAGCGUUCCAAUGAGUCAUUUUAAGAACGUCAAACUUGGUUCUGUGUGGUUGUUAAGGUUGACUGUUAUAGAGGGCUCCGUCCUUUUAGCAAUUACCCACAAUGCACUACCAGUGGCCAUAUUGGAGGUCUGUUGUAAACAAGCCAUACACGAAUAUAUUUGUGUAUGGCUUGUUUAUAACGAAUAAAUUUGUGUAUGGCUUGUUUAUAACAGCCCUCCAAUAUGGCCGCCGGUAGUGCAUUGUGGGUAAUUCCUAAAAGGACGGACCCCUCUAUUGCUACAUUCUCCAGUAAAAACAGUCCAAGCGAAACAAGUUUUGUAGUCUUGGAGCUACAGGAGAGGACUUAAAAAUGUGUGAGCUUCAUCAUGCCCUCCAUUCUCGUACCUGGCCUUAGUCAUUUGCAAUUAUUGGGGGGGGAGGGGUAUAUAUGUCUGCGUUCGCGCGUGUGCAUGUGAGGACGACCGAUGAUGGAUGAUCCGAUGCUAAUUCAUGUAUACUCAUGUCAAAGAUUGUCCGAUCUGAUUUAUUUUUUUAUAAAGACAAAAUAUCUUCGAUAUUGGCUAUUUGAUAGUCUGCUUUGUCAUAAUCAGACGUGACAAGUAAUCUCACGUCACGGAUCAGCGUCAUGGAACAGAAGCUUCCGACAACGGAGGGUACGGCCCGUCAUCCAAAGUAUUCCGUCAUAUGAAAUCUCGAGGAGGAUGGAUCUCAUUUAGAGCACAUUUUGCCAGUGGUUAAAAUGACCUGUGCAUCUUUCUGUUAUUCAUAACGGAUGAAAGUAAUGGACUAAGAGGUUUUAUUUUCUUCCUAUGGUUAACUACUAAACAUAAUUUACACUCACAGACGACUUUAUUAGGCACACACACAAUUCAGCAAAACCCAUGAUAAGUGCUGUAUGUACCAUAUUGCGUCAGUUUUGAUUGAGACAGUGAAAGAGGUAUAGAUUUAAUACUGCUUUACAUUGUGGUUGUAGUUUGUGCAGGCAGGUUUUAAAAUUUUGCCUAUGAAAUAUUAUUAUUAUUAUAUAAUAAACAACUUCAAGUCGCUUUGAAGUGAAAAGAAAUGUCUUGUGAAACUGACACCUCAGAAAAGAGUGUUGCCAACAACACUGCAGAGUUUGGAAAAAAAUUGCCACAGACAAAUAAAUCAAUGUGUGCAUGUGUGUGUGCGAGAUUAGGGCACCAUCUCAUUUACUCUGGCUUGUUUUCUCUCUGCUUCUUCCAUAACAAUCACUCCAUGGUUUUGUGAUUCAAUAAAAUAUAAGAUACUGUACAUUGUAUGCAGAGCCUCAAAACCCAAAACAGGUUGGUCUUUUUCUCACUAGAGCACAGCUGUAUUUGUGUGGUCAUUCAGGGCUGUUCACAAACUACAACAGCAAGAAUAAGCAUCUUGUUAAAGGAAUGCCUCAAUCAAAACUGAGCAUUACGAUGAAGGAAGAAAUGAGGAUUAUACAGCUCUUCCUCAUAUCAGUGGGUGAUGUGUGUGCCUAAUGUUGUCGCCAGUGUUUACGUUCAUUCACCGACCUUGAAAUAGUAUAAAACAUAUCAAACUAUUAAUUUGGUAAUCAGCUAAACAAUCUGUCAUUUUAUAUCAGAUGUUAACCCUUUCAGGGACAGGGGUUACUCCAGUGGACAGUUUAUCAUGUUAUCAGGUCAUUAUUAGUGCAUGAAAGGGUUAAAGAUGACCCGCCCCCUUCCCAAAUGUUCAUCAUGCAUUGGCCUUAUUUUGCCCACUAGAAAAGUGACCAAAGAGACAGGCUUGAUUUAAAUACAGUCGAGGUGAUGUUGAGAGGGGUACAGUUGCUACUUGGGUGCUUAAAUCUCGAUAGAACUAAGUCAUACUGCAUAUAAAGAAACCUGCACAUGAGUUGGAAUUGACCUGUGCUAACACGCCCACGGAAGAUGCACACCACUUAACUUCAAUAUAAGCAGCAUUCCAACGCGUGGUUGCCACGGUGACAGUUACCAUUGCAAAGUCUUCUAAUUGGGGUGGCAAGGUCUGACUGCAUGAAACAUAUACAAGAGUGCACAGACGCAUAUGAGAAUGGCAGUUAUGCAUGGCAGUCACACGUUGGCAUGGCCACCAUUCAUCACCCAUGCUGAUGACUCACGGAGGCGGCGUUACAAAGAUGUCACGCCAGGUGACAUGUUUACGACCUAUCUUUGUAGCACAUUGCGCAUAUGUGACUUUUUUUUAAUUUUGUGAACUGCAUAACACAGCAACAGUUAAGGGAAUAUAAAUAUUUAUUAAUAGAAGACUUUACAUGCACUUUAAUAUCUAAUUCAUAUGGGAAGCGGUCUUUGUUUAUGCUUGCCUUUGAAAAGCCCUUUAAGAGAAACACGUGAAAGUAUGCGGAGUGAACCAAAACCGUGAAAGAAAAGCAUAACGAUGCUGAAUUUGGAUCGAACAGAUUCAAGUUCGACCUGCAGCGAAAAGGGGGUGGAGUCAAUCCUAAUUGUUUACCGUACAGUAUGUGAUAAGUCAGCACCGCGUUGACAAGUGGCUCUCAUUCAUUCCUUUGUUUUGGAGUCCCAAACCCUGAUUUCAGAUUGCGUUUUGUAUUGUAGUCAGAGAAGCCAGCGUGUGAAAAGAAUCGCAACGAGGGUGCGAAUGCACGUCAGAGCGAGGGAGAGUGUGAGGCCUCAUGAAAAACCAUCGGCCAAACGAAUGUAUGCAUGUCAGGGGAAGCCGCCAUUCUGUGUGUGAAACACCAGGAAGCUCCCCCGCACUCCAAACAUAUCACGGAAAAGUACCACAUUUAUUUUUAAAGAGAGAUUUCACUUUAUGAUUUCGCUUAUGAAUGGAAUGGGAGGCGCAUCAAUCACCAUUAUUAUGGUGAAACCUUUUAACUGGUGACAAGUGACUUAAUCACCCCGCUCCAUACUGGAGUUGGAUUUUUAAUCCGAUAUUAUUUCCAGCUAAACCCCAAAUUCAUCAUACACUGAAGACAUUUUGGCCAUCAAUUAGUUUUUUUUUUUGUUUGGGUUUUUUUUUUGCUGCAGAGGAACAAAGAAAGUGAAAGAGGUUGUUUAUUCUUGACUAAAGCAAAAGUUUGCCUCACCCAGAAAUGCCAUUUUUAUAGAUUUUUACAUUUUGCAUACUGUUCAAUUGAGGCAUUUUCUUUUCACCAGUAUAAAGGAUGGUCAACAACGCAGUGUCUGUGAGCCCCAGGUAGCCCGCAAGGAACAUGUGAAAAAUAGCUCAUGACCAAUGAGAUUUUGUGAUCUCCCAGGAAUGUCGUGUACAAGUGAUUUGAAAAUGUGAAGACUUUUGUAGAAAUAGUCAUGGGAAA